AUGGACCUGGGAUUCAGUAGAAAUCAAACUAAUGAUUUGAUUGACAUACACCUCUGCUAUAAAAUAGAUGCCUCGUUCACACUGAUAUACAAUCCUUCUCCUUCCUGUGUGUUAUUACAGAUUUGUCUUGGAUUCAUAGCUGCUGUCACAAUAUGUGGAAAUCUUCUUGUAAUAAUCUCUGUGAUUUACUUCAAACAGCUUCACACUCCGACUAACUUCCUCGUCCUCUCUCUAGCUGUGGCUGAUCUGCUGGUGGGACUUUUAGCUUUUCCUAUAAAUAUGGUUUUAACUGUAACUUCAUGUCUAUAUCACUACAGUUCAUUUUGUAUAGUUCGAAGUGCUUUUGACAGAUCGCUGUGUACAUUUUCUAUUCUGAUCUUAUGCUGUAUUUCUAUUGACAGAUAUUAUGCAGUGUGUCAGCCUCUGACAUACAGAACUAAAAUGAAUAAUCGUGUGAUUGCCGUUAUGAUCCUGGUGAUCUGGGGGGCUGCAACAGUCAUUUCAGUCAGUAUCAUUAUGGCAAAAUUAAGCAGCUCAUGUGAUGAUGAAAUAUGUCAAAUAUAUAGAAAUGUGGGGAACUUUAUGGGAUUUAUUUUAGCAUUUUAUCUCCCGGUGAUCAUCAUGCUGUGUAUCUACCUGAAGAUUUUUCUUGUUGCACUGAAACAGGCACGCAGCAUCCAGAACACAAAGUCUGGAGCAACAGUCAGUAAGAUGGAGAGAAAGGCCACAAAAACUCUGGCUGUUGUGAUGGGAGUUUUCUUACUGUGUUGGCUUCCGUACUUUCUUUGUGUUUCUGUUAUUGUUUCAAAAAAAGUUCAUGUCCCACUUUCUCUUACUGAGACACUGAACUGGCUCUCAAUGUCAAAUUCAACAAUCAAUCCGUUUAUUUAUGCUUUCUUUUACAGCUGGUUCAGAACAGCUUUUAAAAUGAUUAUUUCUGGAAAAAUUUUUCAAGGUAAUUUUACAAACUCAAGGCUGUCCUGA